UUUCAGGGCUCGAUAUAUUGUGUGCUGUGAAGGAGAUUCGAAAUAACUAUUAAGAACAACCAGGGUCGAGGUAAAGGCGACAAGAAGAUGAAGAAAUUGAUGGGCAUGAUGAUGACCGGUUUAAUGGGCAAAAUGGCGUUCAUGGGUCCCAUGAUGAUUCUAUUGAUAAAACUAAAAGCGUUGAAAGCUCUGAUAUUGAGCAAAAUCGCCUUAAUGCUCUCGCUCUUCCAAUUACUCAAAGGAGGCGGAAAGAAAGGAGGCGGAGGUGGGCACGGUAAAGAGGUGAUAAUUGUCCAUGACGCGCAUGGAGGCGGAGGUGGUCAUGAUAGUUAUGGUGGAAGCAGUGGGUGGGCAUCAGGUGGUGGCGGCGGUGGAUGGUCUGGUGGCGGCGGCGGCGGCUCAGCAUGGUUAGCUCAGGGAGACAGUUACAGCAGCGGAGCCCAUACAGGAGGUGGCGAUGCCACCUACGCUGGUUCUGACGCCUACGCCACCGGUGGAAACGCAGCCGCUGCUGCUGGCGGUGGCGGAUGGGCCGGAGGUGGCGGAGGCGGUGGCGGUGGCAACGGAUGGGGCCGCCGAUCCGCCACUGAUCCACAUUGGGUCGCUUACAAAGCAUACGUGCCGCCGGGAGAAGAAUAACCACCUUGAUACGCCGCAUUUUUUUUCUUUGGAAUACCUAACUCUUGUGUACUUCGAAAUGGGAAAUGAUUGUGCAUGGAAAUGCGAUGGAAUUUGUACAACCGCGAUGCUCACUCAGCAGUCAAUGUCAACUGAAAAGUCUACCAUCAGCGUACAAUUUUCUCGAAUGUACUUUCUUUUUUAAACGUCGUGAUAUCAAAAUAUAAUUAGAUAAUUAUAUCGCCUUUUUAAAAUACUUGUAGUAUUUUUUUUUGUUGGUUUUUACGUAUUUUUCCUCUUUAUUUAUUUAUUUAUUUAUUUAUUUAUUUAUUUAAUUACUUAUUUAUUUAUUUAUCGUUUAUAUUUUCCUUCUUUCAUUUUUUUUUUUUUUGUUACUAUCCUUUUAUCCCCCCGAGUUUUAUCGCGCUCAACUUUCAAAUCGAACUAGUCAUAUUCGAAAGAAAUCUUUUACUUUCCAUCCGCGCAAUCAGAGUAAAAUUUUACAUCCAUGGCGAAGAAAUAUAUGACUAGCUUGUUCGUACUUCGUAGCCCAUCCAAAAAUGCUUCCUUUUUGCCCAAUCGAGUCAAAUGUUUGCCAUAAAAAAAGUACCUACCUUCGUUUUUAACUAAAAAUAAUCAUGGACUAGAAUGAUUCUUAUUAUUAUUAUGUUGAAGAUUAUUUCAUUCGAAUAAAAAACAUCCCACGUGAAAAACAAUUGUAUGUAAAUAUUUAAUUAUAGGUAAUAUUGUUGUUAUAUUUAUAAUAUGAAAUAUUUUCAUGUGUACUGUAUUUAUUUAUACGAAAUGGUUCAAUCAAUUGCGAAUUGUUCAUAUUUUAGUACCUAGUAAUCACAAUCACUAUGUCACAAAUUUUUUUCACCUUAGUAAAUUUCUUCGAGGUUUUUUCUCCAAAUUACAUUUAUAAAAUUAAAAAUUACUCUGAAAUAACAGAUUCAAAAAUAUGAAAUAUGACAAAUCGCAAAAACCAUUAUCGAAUUUUAUUUUUUAUACGUAUUUUAUACAAGUAUAUAUUUUUUUUAUUUAUUUGUUUUGUUCAUUUAUAUGAUUUACUUAUUUAUUGUUUUUUUUUUGUGUAGUAGAUACAUAUUUAUUUAUUUAUUUUCAAACUACUUUAAAUUUUCACUUCUCUUUUUCCAAUUAUAAUACGAUACACUUGAUAACUUUACAAAAUAAGAGCUAACCCCAGUGUGCCGUAGUCGCAGAAAAAUAAUGUAAAUAAAUAGAUUAUAUCUCGUUGAAAUAUUUUAAAGCAGUUUUUGUAGUGAACGAAUGCUUUAUUAUUCAAGCAUUCGUACAGCAUUUAAAAUUAUCGUUGUAAAAAUAAAAUUAUUUUCUUUAUAA